CCCGCGGCAUCAGCGGUCACGUGGGCAAUCGAAGUUGCUUUCGGGCUGCGACCGGUUACAAACUUUUAGUUUCUGAACUUUUGUGUGAAAGUUGCUGCGGUCGCGUUUCGACGUCGGGUCUAAUGCCGAGUUGAUAAGUUCUGCGGCGAAUCAGACCGCGGCCUGAGUUAACCGGAGCUUCUGGCAUUUUUAUUUUAUUUUAAGGAAGAUUGUGCAGAUUUAGCUGUGAUUUUGCGGAUGGAUUCCAGUCCGCAGCCACUGGCCGGCCACCAGGUCGUGCAUGUCCGCGGGGACUCUGAGACCGACCUGGAGGCGCUCUUCAACGCGGUCAUGAACCCCAAGAACUCCAACGUGCCGCAGUCGGUGCCGAUGCGGCUCCGCAAGCUGCCCGACUCCUUCUUCAAGCAGCCAGAGCCCAAGAGCCACUCCCGCCAGGCGAGCACGGACGCGGGCAACGCGCCGCCGCUACAAGCGCAGCAUGUCCGGGCUCACUCCUCACCCGCCUCCCUGCUCAGCGCCGCCGCCGCCGCGGCCGCAGCCGCCAGCCCUUCCACCGCCGGCUCGGCCGGAGCCCCGCUCGCACAGCCACCGGUCCCUGGCAUCGGCUCAGCCCCCGGUGGCGAUCCGACCUCUCACCUCCGACAGUCUUCCUUUGAGUUUUCCGAUGAUGUGCCUCUGCCGCCCGGCUGGGAAAUGGCCAAAACCCCCUCGGGGCAGAGAUACUACCUGAAUCACAUUGAGCAGACCACGACAUGGCAGGACCCAAGGAAACCAAUGUCUGUAAUAAAUUCAGCUACAUCUGCGAGUCCAGUGCCCAUGCAACAGAAUGUGAUGAACACCACAGCCUCCGGCCCACUUCCCGAUGGCUGGGAGCAAGGCAUAACCCCAGAUGGGGAGAUUUACUACAUAAACCACAAAAACAAGACCACAUCUUGGUUGGACCCAAGGCUUGAUCCUCGCUAUGCUAUGGACCAACAGAGAAUGACGCAAAGUGCUCCUGUCAAAACACCAUCAUCCAUGGGUCCGCAUAGCCCUCAUAGCCCACAAGGGGGAGCAAUAUCAGGUUCCAACAAACAGCAACAGAUGAGACUCCAGCAACUCCAAUUUGAGAAGGAAAGACUUCGACUGAAACACCAAGAACUCUUACGACAGGAAAUGGCCUUGCGCAGUCAGCUACCAACUAUUGAACAAGAUGGCAGCCCUCAAAAUCCAGUUACGUCAUCUGCGAUACCACAAGAUGUAAGGACAAUGACAACCAAUAGUUCAGAUCCGUUCCUUAAUAGUGGAACAUACCAUUCCAGGGAAGAGAGUACGGACAGUGGACUCGGCAUGAACAGCUACGGUGUGCCCAGAACGCCUGAUGACUUUCUUAACAGUGUUGAGGAAAUGGACACAGGUGAAAACCUUGGCCCAAAUAAUCUAAAUUCCCAGCAGAGCCGUUUUCCAGACUACUUGGAAACUAUUCCAGGAACUAAUGUGGACCUUGGAACACUGGAAGAAGACAGCAUGAAUGUGGAAGGAGAGGAAUUGAUGCCAAGCCUGCAAGAGGCAUUAAGCUCCGACUUUCUUAAUGACAUGGAGUCUGUCCUUGCUGCCACAAAGAUAGAUAAAGAGAGCUUUCUGACAUGGCUAUAGGGUUCUUAAUCCUAUGGAUUAUGUUUUAUUCUGUGAAGGAUGAGAAAACUUGAGACAUUUUUAUAACUUAAUUGGAACUUCAAUGAGUUCUGUCUCUUCCCCUGAUGCAAGAUUAGAUGAACUCUGAAUAUUUGGACAGGAUUAUGCCAUUUAGUAUUCCACACAUUUUGGAAAUAGUGAUUAGCAAAUGUCAUAUACCAUUUUUACCUACAUUAUCUUGAAGAACUAGUAUAUACAGUAUGUCCAGCUGUACCCUGUUGAUUUUUUUGUAUUCAAUUUAUAUCCAUGGACAGUACCUGUAUAAUUUUUGUUUGAUUCCUUAGUUUUGCAGCAAUGAUUACAUUUUUGCUUUACGAAUUAGUUUUGAAACCCGAUAAAUUUUAAUGUUUGAA